AUGGUUGCAGAAGAAGUUAUUAUCAGUUUAUCAGGUGGAGCACCAUGGGGCUUUCGUCUUCAGGGAGGAGCUGAGCACCAGAAGCCUCUCCAGGUUGCAAAGGUGAGAAAGCGCAGUAAAGCCUGCCGGGCUGGGCUUCAAGAAGCUGAUGAGUUGGUUUCGAUCAAUGAUCAGCCAUGUGUAAUGUUAUCUCAUGCUCAGGCCAUGAACCUCAUCGACAGCUCCCCAGGACUACUUCAUAUUCGAGUCAAAAGAGUUCCUGUAGGUUUCCAGUCAGUCGUACUUGUAACACGAGCACCAUCUCCCCGCAUUGACAAAGAAUACAGAGCGGCCCUCCGUGCCAUGUCCCCAACCCAUCCCCAGCAUGCACCUGUUCGCGAGGUGCACCGGAGCCGCUCGUCUAUGACCAGCGGGCUGACAUCUCCACCUGGGAGUGAGGCGUACUAUGGUGAGACAGACAGUGAUGCAGAUGUGGCCGGCUAUGAAAGGCAACGACGCCAGAAACGUCGAAGUCCAAGCAACUCCACCUCUGCCAAACCAUCAGGCCGAGCAUCUCCUGAAGGCGGAGAGACUUCAGAGAUGAGCGGUUAUGACAGUGCUCCUGAUGCACGCAUCUACCAUCCUUUAUUAGAUGGACGAAAAGGCAAUGGAGUCGAAGGAAACAGCUUACCAGGAGUGGUGCGCAGAGAGAUGACCAAGGACCACGAGAUGGAGCACAAGAAGAUGAUAGUGGUUUUAUUGAGCAAUCAAAUGUACCAUUGGUAUCUCCAGAGAGAGCCAAAGAAGCCAUGA